AUCUCUCCUCCUCCACUCCCCCUGGUACAGGCUUGUCAUCAAGGUCUUUGUUGGAUUCUCUGAACUCCAACAAGAAUUCCUAGACCUUGGACAACCUAGCCACAAAAAUAAUAAAAAAUAAAAUAAACAUGGGAGGAAGUGCUGCAAAGGUUGUCUUCACGCUGCUGGUAACUUUGGCCAUCAUCAUCCCAUGCCUUGAGGCUGGCAUUGCUGAAUACGACGACUUUCUGAAAAAUCAAGCUGAGGAAGCCCACACAAUCGCUCUCGAGUCCUAUGUGCCGACUCCGGAAUUCGUGGCCAGUGAGCUCAAUUACCAUGUUCAUCUUGCCAUGCAAAACAGCACCAGGAGGGGACUGAGGGCGCCCAGGAACCCUGCUUUUGGGCCAUGUGACAGCACCAACCCCAUUGACAAUUGCUGGAGGUGCAACAAAGACUGGGCCAACGACAGGUACCAGUUGGCCAAAUGCGGAAAAGGGUUCGGAAGACGCGCAGUGGGAGGCCUCGGUGGACCCAUUUAUGUUGUCAAUGAUACCUCCGACGACGACAUGCAGAACCCUAAGCCAGGAACCAUCCGUCAUGCUGUCACCCAACAGGGUCCACUUUGGAUCACCUUCUCACGCAGCAUGAGAAUCACUCUGCAGCAGGAGCUUAUGAUUUCCUCCGACAAGACCAUCGACGGUCGUGGCGCCAACGUUCAGUUCAAGGACGGUGGUGGCCUCACCAUGCAGUUCGUGAACAACAUCAUCAUCCACGGCAUUCGCGUGAAGAACAUCGUGCCUAAGGAUGGUGGCAUGAUCAGGGACUCUUACAACCACGUUGGACACAGAACCAGGAGUGAUGGUGAUGCCAUCUCCAUCUUCGGAGCUUCCAACAUUUGGAUCGAUCAUGUUUCCCUCUCUAACUCUGCCGAUGGACUCAUCGAUGUGAUCGAGGGAUCCACUGCCAUCACCGUCUCCAACUGCCACAUGACGAGACACAACGAUGUGAUGUUGUUUGGUGCCAGUGACACAAACCCCCACGUCAAUGACAAGCUCAUGCAGAUAACGGUGGCAUUCAACCACUUCGGGCAGGGACUGUCCCAGAGGAUGCCAAGGUGCAGAUUUGGAUUCUUCCACGUUCUUAACAACGAUUACACUCACUGGCAAAUUUACGCCAUUGGUGGAAGCUCAAAGCCAACUAUUCUUAGCCAGGGAAACCGUUUCAUUGCUCCCAACCUCGAUUUUGCAAAGGAAAUCACACACAGAGACUACGCUACACCUGAACAAUGGAUGCAAUGGCAGUGGCAAUCAGACAUGGACCUUCUCAUGAACGGUGCCACUUUCAACACCACAGGUGCUCCCAUCCAGAUGACAUACAAGAAGGGUCUCAUCAUGAAGCCAAGGGAUGGCACCCAUGUCAGCAGGCUCACACGCCAUGCUGGUGCUCUCAACUGCUAUGCUGGCUUUCCUUGCUAGGGAAUAUAUAUAUAUAUAUAGAUACACACACAUGUGUAUGUGUGUGUUCAAUUUUCCUUUCUGAGACAUUACAGAAGAUGUAUGGUUUGUGCGCUUUUAGUUGGAGGAUGAGUAGACUUGAGUCUGGGUAGCCUUACAUUGGAGAUCACAUUCUUUAUUGAAUUUUUUUUGUCUUGUUCUA